UCAGGCAUGCCUAUGUAGUCCUUGGACUUGCAGAGUUUUAUAUAACUUGUUAUAUAUGCCCAUUUGAGAUGCCACAGGCCAGUGCGGUUACGACGCUAGAUCGGUCAACAUGCGGCGGAUUUCGAGUUUUGUUGUUUUGUUGUGCGGAUUCAGUUCAGCGCUAGCUGGGUUGGCGCCCUGUGUGGAGCUGAACGAUGGCAACAAGAUGCCGAUCGUUGCUCUCGGCACCGGCAGAGGCACUGCCAGCGAAUCCGCAUCAGUGGACGAAGUUCGCCAGGCGGUGUACUGGGCUAUAGAGGCAGGCUACAGACACGUAGACACCGCAGCCAUCUACUUCGACGAGCCAGAGGUCGGCCAGGGUAUCAGAGAUGCCAUAAACAACAACCUCGUUACCAGGGAAGAGUUGUUUGUUACUACUAAGUUGUGGGGCGACAAGCAUCGUGAACAAGACGUGGUACCUGCGCUCAAGGAGUCUCUCCAGAAACUGGGCUUGGAUUAUGUCGACCUCUACUUGAUACAUUUCCCUGUAGCUGUAAAGGAGGACGGCAGCUACGAUGACGUAGAUUACUUGGAAACCUGGAGAGGGAUGGAGAAGGCUCGCGCCCUGGGACUGACUCGGUCAAUCGGAGUGUCCAACUUCAACGCGAGCCAGGUCGACCGGAUCAUCGCCAACAGCAGGGUGUGGCCAGCUGUUAAUGAAAUCGAGGUCAACCCAACCCUAACCCAAGAGGCGCUAGUGACCCAUUGCCUGGAGCUGGGUAUAGCGGUGAUGGGAUUCAGUCCAUUCGGUUUCGUGGUCUCCAGGAACAACCCGAAUGCACCUCCUCCUCGAGCUGAUGAUCCGGUGCUGGUGCAUCUGUCCAACAAAUACCACAAGGCCCCAACACAGAUCAUUCUACGGUAUUUGAUUGACCGCGGUAUUGUUGUCAUCCCGAAAUCCGUCAACAAGAAGAGAAUAGAACAGAACAUUGAUCUGUUCGACUUCAGCCUAAACGAUGAAGAAGUUAAGUUGAUCAACGGAUUUAAUAAGAACCACCGAGUUAUAGACUUCGCUGACCUUAAAGACUACCCAAACUUCCCUUAUGGAGAGUACUGAAGUAUUUAUGUUUAAGUAAAUAGUCUUGUAAGUUUAUAGGUACCUACUUUAAUUAAUAAAAAUAUGCAAAUGUGUAAUAUG